AGUCUCGAAAACUCGUCUGAAAAUAAUCACCAGUCCACGACAGACGGAUUUUAGCAGGCAAAAUGCCACCACCUCUUACUUUGUGGAAUAAAGACAAUGCCGAAACAAAAGCACUUUUUGAUACUUGGUCCAAGUCUAAAACAUUUCGUCAUCCUCAAGCGACCAAGGAUGUGUUUUGGCUGAAUUAUCGGGUGACAAGUUUUGUUCUUGCCCUGUUUGUGAUUUUGUCUUCGAUGUAUGGCUUCUACGAUUCAACGGACUCUGCUAUCCAAUGCUACCACGAUAAAGGUUUAAAAUUACCCAAGAAAUUAUUAAACAGGUAUUGUUGGAUGAUGAGCACAUUCACGCUUCCCAAAUAUUUCCAUACACCAACCAACGAAACAAUUUAUCCGGGAGUGGGCCCCUUCACUGGAAAGGACGAGAAGAUGUACCACGCUUACUACCAAUGGGUUCCAUUGUUCCUCUUUUUCCAAUGUGCUUGCUUCUACGCCCCACAGGCACUCUGGAAAUGUAUGGAGGGAGGCAGAUUUAAGAAGUUGGUCGAGAGUUUGUUUAAAAAGAAGAAGGACAAUGACGAUGAUGGUGAUGAUGACGAAGAUGCCGGCGAGAAGGGUGGAAAGACGGGUGCCAGUUGUCCACCAAAGUGCAUGUGCAAAGAUAACGAUAAGAAGGGCGGAGAAAAACCUCUCCCAUUUGGCUUGUGUCAACGUUCAAAGCAGCCUGACGCAAUAGUCUUGGCUGAUUUGGUGGAAUUUCUUGUGAAGAAUGUGACAAAUGAAGACUUUAAGCCCAUGGUGCAACACCUUAGUAACUUACCACGUAAAUAUCGCGUUCCUGAAAUGAGAAGUUACCUUGUCGAGAGGAAGCCUCUUAACAUGAAGCAAGUGGUGGAAUGCUUCCAAGGUAAACUCCUGAAGCCAAACAUUGUGAAAUAUCUUGUGGAACGGGUUAGUUACCUGGAUACCGGAGAAUUUAUUGAAUGGAUCGAAAACGGGCCUGAGGAAAUCUCCCCCUUGGACAUGUUAAAGUAUCUAUUGACACAAGCUCCUGAGGAACACUCAGCAACUAAAUCCAAAAGCGUUUUGGUGAACCAUUACAACGAACACCGCUGCCAGGAUAUGAAUCAUUACAUAUGCGAGAUUGCCAGCUUUGUAAAUUUGAUCGUCCAAAUAAUGCUGACGAACCUAUUCCUGGAUUACCAAUUUUUCUCGUAUGGCUUCAAGGCACUCACUCUCUUAUGUGGAGAGUCCAAGGAACGAACAGAUAUUCUGUCCAUUAUUUUCCCUACAAUGACCAAGUGCACAUUCCACAAGUACGGCCCAUCCGGAACUAUCGAGACUUUGGACUCGCUAUGCGUUUUGGGCGUUAACAUCAUCAAUGAAAAGAUUUUCCUCUUCUUGUGGGUCUGGUUCUUUCUGCUGGCGGUUUGCUCCCUUGGCAAUAUAAUAUAUCAAACAUAUUUGAUGUUCAAGCCCGACUAUGAACCGAGGUUUCUGCAGUGGAUAAAGAGAAAAGGAUCGACUGAAAUUGAAACAAUCGAGUAUCGAAUCCUUAUGGGACAAUUGAUAUACCACCUCAACUUUUCUGACUGGCUCAUAUUAUACUUAUACACUCAAAGUAUAACAAGAUCAACCGAAUGGAAAUCCGUUUGUUACCUUUUGAGCCUUGCGAAGAUAUUAUUUCCGAAGGAAGAUAGGCUCGAUAACAUGGAAUGCUGGAGGUGGUCAAAACCAAGCGUGCGGCAACCGGGAUUUCUUAGCUUCUGCUCCACCCCCUCAGAUCCGGUGAAGCACAAGUAUGCGUGAAAGUAAUUCAAACUAUCAUGAUGUAAUUCAAGAUGUGUUUCAAGAUACCAGGCAUUGACAUGUUUGUGUUUUUUUUCACAAUCACGUUUUCAUAGCUUGCCAAUAAAGAUAUCUAAAAUCA